UUUAUAUAUGUUCUGUGGUUGUGCUACUUGUGCUGCUUAUGCAGCAUUGUGCAGUCAGUGCAGCUUGCGAUAGUUGCGAUCACUUCAGUUCAGUUUUUGGCUGUCUCUCGUGAUCUCUUGUUUUAUCGUGUAUCGUCUCAACACCAUUGAAUUCUACGUGUAUCGUCUUGCGUGUUCGUCACAUUGCCGAUUGCUCACGGACGAGCUUCCGAAGAUAAAGAAAAAGAAAGAGCGAGAAAGAAAGAUACAGAGACAAAGAGAGCGAGAGAGCACAAAAAAUGUCAGAGAUUGACGCUAAAGUGAACAUGUCGCUCGGUAAGUCGCCAGAGUCCCAACAAUCUAACGAUUUUGCCAGUAACCCCGGGUGAGCCCAUGGCCCUCCGCGUUGGACGACGGAUUCAUCGCAAAAUGGCGCCGGCGUACAUUACGUACGUGUGUGCGCGCGCGCGCGCGCGCGCUUACAUGCGUCUCUAUAGAGUACCUGCAUUUGUUUUUUCCUUUAACGUACGGACAACGCUUUCUUACCUCUCCACCGGUUUUCUCUAAGAUGAAGUGCAUCAGGAACGACGUCGGGGACCUGGUAUGAUGAUGGGAUAACCUUCCCCCGAUCGGAAACGCCGAAUUUUCGUUGAGGCAGGAAACAUUCUAAAGCGUUCUUCAGGAAGGGGAGAUUUUUCUCUACGUUUGUUUGAGCUUUCACCUAGGCGAACUCUUUUUUUUCUCGAGUCCUGCUGGUACUGUUGCUCGAAAAUUUAGUGGAAGUCAUUACUCCUAUACUAACAAUGCGACUUUACUUUGGGCCCCAUGAAGUCUGGUUAUUGAAACCAUGGUACUACAAUUCUCAACGUGAUUAGAUAAUCUAAAAUCUAAUGGAAAAUAAGAAGAAGAAAUUCAGAAAAAGGAAUUCUCGAAGUUUUAUCAUGUAAUUGUAUGUUGAUUACUCUUUUGGCCAAGAAAGAGAAGAAAUUAAAUAAAGCAUGAAACUUCUCAAUGGAAACUUCUUAUUUGAAGUGAAAAUUCUAUGAUUGUGAUUGUUCGCAAUUUGUUUAGCCAUUAGAAAGAGUUUAAGAGUAAAUUGAUAUGGAAAAUUUGAUCAGAGUAGCAAAGGAUGAUAGGAUAAUUCAUGCCUCCAGGUUUUUGUGCAAAGCUUUAUUUCAUGUUUGCCUCAAAUAACUUUUAUUCCAUGAUCGGGAUUGCUUGCCUUAGGAGAAAACUGAUAUCUAGGAAAUUGCAGGUGCAGCAACAUCUAGGAAACGUGAUCAAAGCACCAAGAUAUGAUUCAUGCCAACAGAUUCUUAUAAAGAGUUGUUUCGUGUUCGCCUUAAAUAAUUUCUAUUUUGCAAUCAGGAUUGCAUGCCUCAGAAAGAAGCUAAUAUCCAAGAAAUUACAAGUACAUCAACAUCUGGGAAACACAAAGCACCAGGAUAUGACUGAAGAAUUCAUUUAUGUUACACAGAAGUCUUAUAUUUGUCUCAAGUAAUUAUUCCAUGAUCGUGAUUAAUUACCUUGGGAAGAAACCAGUGUCCAGAAAAGCAUAGAUACUGCAACAGUUAGAAAAUGUAAUUAAAACAUCAAGAUACAAUUUGUGCCAACAUAUUUUUAUCAGAAUUAUGUUCGCUUUAAAUAAUUUCUAUUCCACGAUCAGGAUUGCUUGCCUCAGGAAAAAGUUAAUGUCAAGGAAAUUGUAAGUACAUCGAUAUCCAGGAAACACAAAUGAAGCAUAUGACAUUGUCUUGUAUUUGUCUCAAGUAAAUGCAUCAAUAUCAAGGAAAUGCCAAGAUGAUUCGAAAAUUUGCACCAGAAUAUUACACAGAACAUUUUAUAUUUGCCUCUUAAUAAUUUUAUUCCAAACAAUUAUAAUUGGUUGCUUCAUGAAGAGAUUAAUAUUCACAAAAUAGAUGGAUCAAUAUUUAAUAAAGCAACCAGAAAACAAUCUGAGACUUUGUACCAAGUUUAUUCACCAUUUUAUUCGCUUCAAAUUUAUCCCCUAAUUUUAAUUGCUUGUCUCAGACAUCCAGGAAAUGAGCACAUCAACUUACUAGAAACAUUGAAACUGGGAUGUCACAUUGUUUUAUGUUCGUCUCCUGUUAUAUAUUUCUACAAUUGAAUCCCACAAAGAGAAACCAAUAUCUAGAAAGCAUUAAGUGCAUCAAUAUCCAGAAAAAUAAUUAAAACACUGAGGUAAAAUUUGAGGCUUGAUACCAGAAUAUUAUACAAAGUAUCAUUCUGUUUGUCUUAAAUAAUCAUAUUCUAUAAUCGCAUAAUUGCUUGUCUCAGGUAUCCAGAAAAUAUGGAGUAUAUAUACAGGAUGUAUUGAUGAAUACAGGAAAUGCUUUAUUAUUAUAAUGCGAAGCUGUUCUAGAAUCUUAUACAAAGAACCAUGUUCCAUCCGUCUUAAACAAUUUUAUCUCGCGAUCGCAAUUGCGUUCGUCAUUCUUUAAUUCCUAUCGCAAGAAGAAGAACGUCUAUGAAGAGAGGAAUAUCUCCUAUCGCGACAAGAAACUGUUGAAAUACCAAGAAACGAAAUUGAGAGCACGUGCCAGGAAUUUCUCACGCUUGGAAUCGUUCUGCAUUUGAAUUGACUCACGAUAAAUCUCUACACGGCUGUAUCCGCAUCAACAAUGCUUCUUAAUUACACAAAUGAAACUUCAAGUUCGUCACAAUUAUUGUAUAUUAUGCCUGGUUGAUUUCCUUUUUGAUUGAAAAAUAUUGUACAUCAUGGAAUACGAUUUUUGAACAUCCUGGGAAAUCGCGAUUCUUUGACUUUCAACGACAGAUUGUCGCGACAACGAAAUAACUCACGACGAUCUAAUUACGAAAAAAUCGAAGCGAAGUUUACAUCGUGAAAAUCAUGCUGCUGCAAUCACAAUCUAUUGUUAUAUUUUGGAUGUACAUUGGAUUUCAGCUCUUAAAAAAACCUGGUACUUGUCAAGCAUUUAUGGUACUUUGGCGAGUUAGAAAUUUAUGGAGCCUUGAAAAAAGAUGAUAAAGAUGAAGAUUAUGCAAUUUAUCGUUAUACGCACCGCUAAUCUUCCUAACUAAAAUUUUCAUCAGAAAUUGUCUUGAAAGAAAUUAAUGGAGCAUCAACAAGCAACGUAGCCUAGCUUCAAUACGGAUGAACCCGCAUCUCGCAACAACUCUAGAAUCUGUGCCAAGCCGAGUCGUGACUCAUCCCUCACGAAAAAAAAUCACGCUGUCUCUUCACGUGGGUUUUCACAGGCGCAAUUCGAGGCUUGCGCAACUCUGUAUUUUUAUCCACUGCCUCGCAGCCGAUUCUUACUUGCCGAGCAAGCACAUUGAGCAUUGGAAACCAGAAUCUUUCCUGCGAUAGCGUGCCGGCGCAACGUUAUCAUUAAACUUAUGUAAUAGGAGAAGUAACCAGCGAAACGUUGAGAUUAAACUUGUCUUUGUUUCGCUUCUAUUGCUCCAGCGAGUAUGAGCGAAACACUUUUGAUUUGGGGACCUAAACAUGAAUUAAAUAUUAUCUUCUCGAUUCAUGGGCUGCUACUCCAAAGCAAUUUAUUUUACCAACAAUGCAUUAAUAUAUUUACUAGCAAUCUCUGAAAAUGCAGGUACUCUGAUAGGCAAGCUGGUUUCAAUAAUGUUACGAGAGAUCCUAUUUUUGAUAUUCGCAAGCAAUCCCAGAAAUAUAUUUAUAUGUCACUUGUUUGUAUCGAUCGACAUGGCAGUUACUCAUACGGACUUCUUGAAAACCUUCUGAAAAUAUAAUGUUGAGAGGUAACAAUUGAAUGGAAGGUCUCAUCACAAGAAGAUCAUUGAUCGGUUCGACUCGUAAGAAUGUCUUGUAAAAAUAGGAUGAAGAGGACAAAAUAGAAAAUGAAAUCAUAAAGAUGGAGAAAAAGAAAAAGAAUGCGGCAAUCAACGGAAAGACCGGCAGUGGCGCAAAGCGUAAUCGCGGUGCUAUGCGAGGCCGCGGUGGAUUUAGAGGAAGAGGUGCGAGAAUCAAGCGCAAUGUCGGUGCCACCAUGAAGAAACAGCAGCAGCAAACUUGGCAACGUAACGCAAAUACUGCGAGCAACGUUCGCGGGGGCUUCGCUCGGAAUCGCUUCAGGAAAAAUAGCAAUCUUGUGAGAUCUCGCAGCAACCUAAGCCUGAAUCAGAAGGCGAACAAUGCAAGAGGAGGCGUAUUUAAUGUACGCCGCGGCAGAGGCAACAGAUUCGGCCUGACUCGCAGUCGCAGUCGCACGAAUCUGACGUUCAAUCAGGGCGGUUUCUUUACGAAUAAUAAGAACCCGCUGAAGCGUACGAGCAGCCUACCCAAUCUGCGAGAUCCAAAUUCUGUGCACAAUCGCCUAGGGUACCAGAGCCCCGCUCAGAUUGCCUAUCGAAAUCGCGUGAAACGAGCGAAGCAGCUGCUGUUGCAGAGACAGAAUCAGAGACUGAACUUGCAGAAUCAAUUCAGAAUGGCACAGGCCAGCCAGAAGAGCAAUCUACUCUCGAUGCAAUCAAGAACUUUGGGAAGACAACAGAUACUAACGUCGCAACGUCGCUUCACAACCGGUGGAUUGCGAUCUGACCAGAUCGCUCGUGCACAGAGACGGGCACAAUAUGAACAGAAAUUACUACGAAUGAACUCCGCCCGAUUGGUCCCUACUUCGAACGUCAAUUUCAUGUGCACGCUGGGAAGCGAAUACGUACCUACUGCCACGCGUCAGCGACCACUCACUCUCGCGCAGAGCCGACAACCUGCGACUAUUACCAGUCCGCGACAAAUGCCCAGGGGACGAUCACCGUACAGGCAAAGCGCACAGGCUUUAAAUAUGAUUGGCCGAGGACCAUUAUUCGGUCGACAGCGUUCGAGAUCAAGAUCACGAUCGCGUUCGCGGACACGCAACACGGCUGCUUCCGACUCCAGUGGGGAUGUCGACGAUCGCAGCUUUAGUGAAGUCAUGUACAGUCUGUCAGGAAAUCUCGGCGUUACGGGGCGAACUCUUAAUGAUCGAUUUAGCUUUUAAGUAGCGUUGCAAAUUUGACUUUAUAUCGAAACGCAUUACCAAUUCGUCGUUGGUAAUUCAACCAUAACGCUAAAAAUAAGAAGUGACUUUGUUUUAAUAAUGUAGACAAAAUACUGUUAUUUUUCUUUUUUACUAAAUACGCAGACAUUAAUAACGUCGAAAAUAUUAACACCGUAACCACAUUACAAUGCGUUAACAAGUUUUCACAAAUACCUUUUAGUUUGUUUUUUCUUCAAUUGCGAGAUAGCAAUUGAGUUUACUGGUAGAAUCACUUUUUCACACUUGCAUUGUUAAUGUGUGUAUAAACUAUUUUUAGAGAAUAUCAUGACAGACAGUGUCACGCACUUUUAUCCGGCAUAUAUGUUAGAAUAUCCGUGGUUAGAUUAAAAAGAUUCUUAUCUGUUAUAAGUAAAGGAAGGAAUCUCAUUUUUUUAUCUGCGUGCAAUAACUAUAAAAUCUUCAGUAUUUUUUCAUUAUGUGAAAUAUAGAGAGAAGCAUGUUAUUUAGAUACAGUAGCAGUUUUGAGAAGAAUUUAUUGGAACUUCGAUAUAUUUAAAGUGUGAAAGAAGAUUAGAGUUUGAGCGCGUAAUUACCUAUUUGUGUGAGAUAGGGUGCAUACUCUUGUAUUUUCUUUUUACCUUGAGAGAUAUAUUAGACACCUUGAUUAGUUCUUCAGCUUUUUAAAGAAAUUGAUGCAAGUGCGAGAUCGAGCAAAAAAAUUUGCAUGUACGUAUCCCAUAAUUUACAUGGAAAAGCAUUUAGAUGUGUAUAGAUCGCAUUCUUACAUUUAGCAAAAAUUUUAAGUUCAAGCUUUAAUUUGCGAGAUUGUACAACAAUAUGGUAAAAAUACAUAUAUGGAUGAGAGGUUAACCUAA